AUGUUUAAUCUCCUUGAUGUGUCGGAAUAUGCACGCAGAAAAUUGGUGACUGAAUUGGAACAUCGCGAUGAAAAUUUUUCGAAUUCUAAUCAUCAUUAUGAAGAAAAAAUCAAGGAGAAAAAAUUCAAGAAAAUGGAAAUCAAAAGCGGUUUUGAAACGGUUCAAACGGAGACAUCAUAUUCUGGAAAAGUGGGGGUCAAAUUAGAGGAUCAUGGAUAUGCCGUGGUAAAAAAAGACAAGAGUUGAAAUAUAUAAUGAUUUUUUUAUAGACAGAAAAUGUUGCUGAAACAAUUCAAGACUUGACAGCUGAUAUGAUCACAAAAAUUCCUGGUUUCGAAGACUAG